GUAAAAGUAGUUUGACUGCACAAUCAUUUUUUGACUAAACUGAAACACAAAACCCAAACGUUAUUCUCUGCGCCGUUUUCACGCUCUUUCCCUCACACAUUGACGACCUCCGGCGACACCAGCGGUUCGGCGGCACAGAGGCGGCCGACGAGCCACUGAUCGUGGUCUUACCCCUCGUGGACUUGUCGCGAACUUUUUCUAAGCAAUGGCAGCUCGGUCUGAUUUUACUGGUUCCAAACUAAUGAACGCAGAAUUAAAGGGUUAUGCACAACGCAAAUUAUUUCUAUCUCGAAAUUCGAUUAAUACUCGGAGACAUUUGGCUCACGGGCCAGGUCGAUGCUUUACUCGAUCACCAAGUUUGCACACCCAUAGUGCUGGGUUAAGAAGCUCAGGAUUGGGGAAGCUGAAGGCUAUUGUUUCAGGCGAUGUGAGUGUUGCAUUAGGUGAACAAGUAGUGCAGUCUGUGGACAGUGUUACUCAUUUCUUCCGUGUUCCACUUAUUCAAGAUAGUGCAGCUGAUGAGCUGCUGAGGAAUAUUCAGACAAAGAUAUCUAAUGAGAUAGUUGGUUUGAGAACUGAACAAUGUUUCAACAUUGGGCUGAAUAGUGAGCUUUCCGGGGACAAAAUUUUGGCGCUUAGGUGGCUUUUGGGUGAGACUUACGAACCUGAAAAUUUAGAGACUGAGAGCUUUCUUGAUAAGGAGGCUAUGGAAGGUUGCACUGCUGUUGUCGUUGAGGUAGGACCUAGGUUAUCCUUUACAACAGCAUGGUCCACUAAUGCUGUAUCUAUUUGUCGAUCAUGCGGUUUGACUGAGGUAAAUCGUCUUGAACGUUCUAGGAGGUAUAUGCUGUUUUCUAAGUACCCAUUGCAGGAGCAGCAGAUAAAUGACUUUGCUGCCAUGGUUCAUGAUCGAAUGACUGAAACUGUGUACACUCAAAGACUUACAAGCUUCAAGACUAGUUUGGUUCCGGAAGAAGUUCUGUAUGUGCCAGUAAUGGAGAAGGGUAGGAAAGCCCUUGAAGAAAUUAAUGCAAAAAUGGGUUUAGCAUUUGAUGAGCAAGAUCUUCAAUAUUAUACUUGGCUUUUCAAGGAAGACAUCAAGCGGAACCCAACUAAUGUUGAAUUAUUUGAUAUUGCGCAGUCUAACAGUGAACAUAGUAGGCAUUGGUUUUUUAUGGGUAAACUAGUGAUAGAUGGGAAACCCGUUGAAAGAACUCUUAUGCAGAUUGUGAAGAGUACACUGAAGGCAAACCCUAACAAUUCAGUGAUUGGAUUCAAGGAUAAUUCUAGUGCAAUAAAAGGGUUUCCUGUGAAACAAUUGCGCCCUCUUCUUCCAGGUUUAUCCUGUCCAUUAGAUGUACAGAUGCGUGAUCUUGACAUUCUUUUUACCGCCGAGACCCACAAUUUCCCAUGUGCUGUGGCACCUUACCCUGGAGCCGAAACAGGUGCUGGUGGCAGGAUUAGGGAUACACAUGCAACAGGAAGAGGGUCAUUUGUUGUUGCUGCUACGGCUGGGUAUUGUAUUGGAAACUUAAAUAUGGAAGAAUCUUACGCUCCCUGGGAAGAUGCAUCUUUUACCUAUCCGUCAAACUUGGCUUCACCUUUGCAGAUUCUCAUUGAUGCCAGUAACGGUGCUUCAGAUUAUGGGAACAAAUUUGGUGAGCCCUUGAUUCAGGGUUACACUAGAACCUUUGGAAUGAGGCUUCCAAAUGGUGAGAGACGGGAAUGGUUGAAGCCAAUAAUGUUUAGUGCUGGAAUAGGGCAAAUUGAUCACACCCAUAUAACGAAGGGAGAGCCUGAAAUUGGCAUGUUAGUUGUAAAGAUUGGGGGACCUGCAUAUCGCAUUGGAAUGGGAGGAGGUGCUGCUUCUAGUAUGGUGAGUGGUCAGAAUGAUGCGGAGCUUGACUUUAAUGCUGUACAGCGAGGAGAUGCUGAGAUGUCACAGAAAUUGUAUCGUGUUGUACGUGCUUGUAUUGAAAUGGGUGACAAGAACCCUAUUAUUAGCAUCCAUGAUCAAGGUGCUGGUGGUAACUGCAAUGUUGUCAAGGAGAUAAUAUAUCCAAAGGGUGCUCAGAUCGAUAUCAGGGCUAUAGUGGUUGGUGAUCACACAAUGUCAAUAUUGGAGAUAUGGGGUGCAGAGUACCAGGAGCAAGAUGCUAUAUUGGUGAAGGCUGAAAGUCGUAGCAUGUUACAAUCAAUUUGUGAUAGAGAGAGGUUAUCUAUGGCUGUGAUUGGAACAAUCAAUGGUGAAGGGCGUGUUGUUUUGGUUGAUAGUGCUGCUAUUGAGAAAAGCCGUGUUGAUGGAGUCCCUCCACCCCUACCUGCUGUUGAUCUUGAGCUUGAGAAAGUGCUUGGUGACAUGCCCCAGAAAACCUUUGAGUUCCAGCGCGUGGUUCAUCCUCAAGAGCCACUUGAUAUUUCUCCAGGAACAACCGUGAUGGAUUCCUUGAAAAGGGUUUUAAGACUCCCAUCUGUAUGCUCAAAACGCUUCUUAACCACUAAGGUUGAUAGAUGUGUCACUGGCCUUGUGGCACAGCAGCAGACUGUGGGCCCGUUGCAAAUUACUCUUGCCGAUGUUGCAAUUAUUGCUCAGAGUUACACCAACUUCACUGGAGGUGCAUGUGCUAUUGGUGAGCAGCCUAUUAAGGGCUUGUUGGAUCCUAAAGCAAUGGCAAGAUUAGCUGUUGGUGAAGCCCUAACAAAUCUCAUCUGGGCAAAAAUUACAUCCCUUUCUGAUGUCAAAGCCAGUGGCAACUGGAUGUAUGCAGCCAAGCUUGACGGGGAAGGUGCGGAUAUGUAUGAUGCUGCCACAGCCCUUUCUGAGGCCAUGAUUGAACUUGGCAUUGCUAUAGAUGGGGGAAAGGACAGUCUUUCCAUGGCUGCAAAUGCAGGCGGUGAGGUCGUCAAAGCUCCAGGGAAUCUUGUUAUCAGUGCUUAUGUAACUACUCCGGAUAUAACAAAGACCGUAACUCCUGAUCUAAAGCUCAGAGAUGAAGGCGUUUUGAUUCAUGUUGAUUUAGCCAAGGGAAAGCGCCGCCUAGGGGGUUCUGCUCUUGCCCAGGCUUUUGAUCAAAUUGGUAGUGUAUCUCCUGAUCUUGAUGAUGUCUCCUACUUCAAGAAAGCAUUCAAUGCAGUUCAAGAGCUUAUUGCAGAGGAUCUCGUUUCUGCUGGUCAUGAUAUUAGUGAUGGUGGUAUACUUGUCAGCAUCUUGGAGAUGGCUUUUGCAGGCAACUGUGGGCUUUCCUUAGAACUAAAAUCUGAAGGAUAUAGCCUGUUUGAGACUCUAUUUGCUGAGGAGCUAGGUUUGGUUCUUGAAGUUGACAAGAAAAUGUUGCAAUCAGUAAUGGGAAAACUGAGUAGUGCUGGCAUCUCUUCAGAGAUCAUUGGACAAGUAACUUCAGGGAAAACUAUUGAUCUGAAGGUUGACGGGGUCAGUCAUUUGAAUGAAGAUAUGGUGUAUUUGAGGGACUUAUGGGAGGAAACCAGUUUUAACCUAGAGAAAUUACAGAGGUUAGCCUCUUGUGUAGAUUUGGAGAAAGAAGGGUUAAAACACAGACAAGAACCUUCUUGGUCGUUGUCCUUUACCCCGGCCUCUACAGAUGACAAAUACAUGCUUGCUACCUCAAAACCAAAGGUGGCCAUUCUUCGGGAAGAAGGUAGCAAUGGUGAUAGAGAAAUGUCCGCAGCAUUCUAUGCUGCUGGUUUUGAGCCAUGGGAUGUUGCCAUGUCUGACCUCCUGAGUGGAGCCGUCUCUUUGAAAGAGUUUCGUGGAAUUGCAUUCGUUGGAGGCUUUAGUUAUGCAGAUGUUCUAGAUUCAGCAAAGGGUUGGUCUGCUUCAAUAAGAUUUAACCAACCUCUUCUAGAUCAAUUUCAAGAAUUCUAUCAUCGACCUGACACUUUCAGUCUCGGGGUUUGUAAUGGAUGCCAGCUCAUGGCUUUACUUGGCUGGAUCCCGGGCCCCGAUGUUGGCGGUGUGCACGGGAAUGGUGGUGACACUGCACAACCUAGGUUCAUCCACAACGAAUCAGGGAAAUUUGAAUGUCGUUUCACAAGCGUGAGUAUUGGAGAGUCUCCUGCUAUAAUGCUCAAAGGAAUGGCGGGUAGUUCACUUGGUGUAUGGGCAGCUCAUGGUGAAGGAAGGGCUUAUUUCCCAAAUGCCGAUGUUCUCAACAGCGUUUUGGGCUCUGAUUUAGCCCCAUUGAGGUAUUGUGAUGACAACGGGAAACCAACGGAAACCUACCCAUUUAACCUGAACGGGUCACCUCUUGGGAUUGCGGCUAUUUGCUCCCCUGAUGGAAGACAUCUUGCUAUGAUGCCUCACCCUGAACGUUGCUUCUUAAUGUGGCAGUAUCCGUGGUACCCGAAGCAUUGGGAUGUCAACAAGAAGGGGCCGAGCCCGUGGCUGCGCUUGUUCCAAAAUGCCAGGGAGUGGUGUUCUUGAUUAACAAUCCAUUACUGCUUGCAUUUGUGGAGGUUAAUAGCAGUCUUCCGCUUUCUCGAAUGAGAGCCGUGGAGCUUUUUGUGGUUGGAAUUGAAGCAUUCAGUUUAGGCUGUGUUUAUUAAAUUCGACUUGUCUCUUGAUUAAACUUCCAUUGAAAUUUGAGUGAUCCUUUAAGACUUCAAUAAUUUUGCAAGAUAACAGUCACCUGAAGUGGAGCUCAUGUCAGGCACUUUGUAGAUGUUUUUUUUUAUGAUAAGAAAACGCGGUGUAACACCGAACUACAAAGUUGAGAUGGUGAUUUUGAGUACUGGGUUGAUUCAGACUUCUGCAUAAUUUUUGUAGUAGUUUGACAUUGCUAUAUUUCAUUCAAAUACAUAUUCUUUGAUACUUGCAGA